AAGUUUUCAACAGACAACACACAAAUAUUCUGUCCAAUGACUUUAAAACUAACUGCACAUUUCAGUCAGUACAGAGGAGAUCAAGAAAUGUGUUCUGAUUAUUAAUUGCUUCUAGUGCCUUCCACUGGGCAAUGCUCAUGCUUUCCAGUCACAUGAAUAUAUAUUGCCAGAUCCACCAUGCUUGGAGAUAUUUCAGUUUUGUAAACCAGCUGCUUUUCAGCAUUUUUCUGAGCUGAACAAAAGGGCCACUGAGAAAUAAGAUAAACAACAUAGAAAUAGAAGAAAAAGACUGGAAUCCAGGUAGAUUUUGGCCCAGAAAAUCAAGUCAAAAGCUGAAGGAAAUUGGCAGAGCUUUGAUGGCGCGCAGUUACAUUACUACUGAAUACUGGAAUUUGGGUCCCUCAGAUAGACCCCAUUUCUGUACAAUCUUGACAAAUUGUAUCAUGUUAUGAUUGUGGUGAUCAAUGUUGUUUUUCAUUUCUUUCUGAGCAUCUCAAGGAGGAAAUAAGAGGAAAAGGAGGAGGAGGAGGAGGAACAAGUGUCCAAAAUCAGAUAAAACUUGAUAUGAGAAAAUGGGAGUGAUGACUAUGAUGAGCGAGAAGCCAAGUAUGGCAGCAAUCAAGCGCAGCUCUACUCGCUCUACCUUCACCAUGAAGCGAACCCAUGAAUGGCUGCUCUCCGACGUUCCAAGCGACAUUUCCAUAGAGGUCGGAGAAACUACAUUUGCACUCCACAAAUUCCCACUGGUAUCCAAAAGCGGGAGGAUCCGAAAACAGCUAGCAGAAUCAAAAGAAUCCAGCAAAGUCCAUCUCCAAGACAUGCCAGGAGGCGCAGAGGCCCUGGAAUUUGCAGCAAAAUUCUGCUACGGAGGCAACCCAGAAAUCACACCCUUAAACGUAGCCAUGCUCAGAUGUGCCGCAAGCUACCUUGAAAUGACCGACCACUACACAGACUCAAGCCUUGAAACACGAACAGAGACCUUCCUAAAAGAAUCCAUUUUCCCCAGCCUCCCUGACUCAGUCACAGUCCUUUACACCUGCGAAAGCCUUCUCCCCUUUGCAGAGGACCUCAAGAUCAUAACCAGAUGCAUUGAAGCCAUUACAACCGCUGCAUCCAAUGAACAACUCAGAAGAGGGCUUUCCCGACUCACAGCCAGUGGAAGCCAGUCACAAUGGCCGUCAUCUCAGGACUACCCACAACAGCAAUCGACCAAACUCUCAUCAGAUUCAUGGUGGGGAAAAGAACUAGCGAUCCUGAACAUCCACAUGUUUCAGCGGGUGGUCACGGCCAUGAAAUCCAAGGGCCUGGGCAACGACAUCAUCGGAGGCGCUCUAAUGCACUACGCUAAGCACUCUCUGGAACCCACAAAUCCUCCGCCCAAAUUGGAACGGAGCAUCGUGGUGAGCAACGAUUGUGGGCAACGAGGCAAAAUCGGGGCUCCGACUUUAGCAGAGCGUGAAAAGCGUUGCGUGGUCGAAACGGUCGUGAGUUUGCUUCCCCCACAGAUGAAAACGAUUCCGAUGAGUUUUCUAUCGUGGCUUCUCAGAGCAGCCACGUUGCUCAAUGUCGGUGCUUCGUUCAGAACGGAGCUUGAACGGCGUUUUGGGCGGCGAUUGGAGGAGGCAAGCGUGGAGGAUCUGCUCGUUCCGGCCUAUUCUUCGUACAAGUACGAGGGGCAUACUUUGUAUGAUACGGAUGUUGUUCUGCGGAUUGUGGGGAAUUUUUUGCAGUUUGCAGAGGAGGAGGAAGCAGAGGAGGAGGAGGAGGAGGAGGAGGAUCGUGUGGAGGAUGAGUUUGAUUCUGAUUGCAUUGGGUUCCGUUCCCCUGGUCGUAAAGGGAAUGCUAGUGUGUUGCAGGUGUGCAAGCUUGUUGAUGGUUAUGUUGCAGAGGUUGCCGGGGACUGGAAUCUGUCGGUUGCUGCUUUCACUGCAUUGGUGGAGGCGGUGCCUGAGCAUGCCCGGCUUGUGCAUGAUGGUCUGUACCGAGCUAUCGACAUCUUUCUCAAGGCACAUCCAACAAUUAAAGAUGCAGAACGUAACAAGCUUUGUAAAUUACUUGAUUGUCAAAAGCUCUCUCAUGAAGCUUGUACUCAUGCAGCACAAAAUGAGCGCCUCCCUGUGCAAUUGGCCAUUCAAGUUUUGUACUUUGAACAACUCAAACUUCGUUCUGCAAUGAAUGUAGAUCAUCACCACCAUUAUCCUCAAUGGCAUCAUCAUCCCAACCACAGCGAAGCACCUAGUGCUACCAUUUCUCCACGGGAUAACUAUGCUUCUGUACGAAGAGAGAAUAGAGAACUUAAGUUGGAAGUGACACGAAUGAGAAUGCGUUUAACGGAUCUAGAAAAGGACCAUGUUUCCAUGAAACAAGAGCUUGUCAAAGCCACUCCCACACACAAAUUGUUGCAUUCAUUCUCUAAAAAGAUGAGCAAAUUAAACUCACUCUUUCGAUCUAAAGACAAUGCCACUAAUCCUCUUUUACUCAACCACAAUAACAACAAUGCCUUCUUAUCUAGAAGGAGGCGCCAUUCCAUAUCUUAACAUGAAUGAACUUCUUUUAGGAUGGGAUGGUAAACUCUCUUUUUAUGUCACCUCUUAUAUUAGGUAGUUAGUACCUAGAGAGUUUAUAUCUAAAGUUUGACUAGAUUUCAAUAUCAUGUUAGAUUUAUUGAAGAUUUGAGCCUAAAACUUUGAGGCUUAAGAUUAUCUCAUCAAUCUUAGUUUUCAAUUGUGUUAUCAGUAUCCACAUAUCAAAUAUUAUUGUACUUGCAUCAUUGAACUUGAAUAUAAAAGCAUGAUUGUAAAUUAUUCAAAAUUA